GCACGUGUUAUAGUUGAGCUAAUCCAGCGCUACGAAUGCGCUUUCCCUUCCUUCUCCUUAUUACCUGUUGAUAAUAUUUUAUUAUUCACUUCAAUUUUUGUUUGGCUUCAAAAUCCAUUGCAACCAUCCAUUCCGAUGAACAGAAAAAACGGAUUCUGCUAAACCGUCGCUGCAGCCAAGAAAAGUUUGAAAUUUUAAUUUCCAAAAUUCUCUUGAGACAAUUAUUCCCGAGACUAUAAAAACGUCCUCGAUUCCCGAAGCUCUGGCUUUGUGAUUUGAAUUAAUAGAAAAGGAUUUCUCGUAUCACAAAUCUCUCUGCUCGCUCUCCAUUCCCACCUUCCGGAGCUUCCAUGGCGUUCCUUCCUCCGGUUCGCGAGUGACUGCUCUUCGUGCUCUCCUCUUUCUGUGGAAGAAGAUCUGAUGAGACGUGGCACUCUUGUAUCAAACACUCUGAGCUCAAUCCAGGGGAUCUUUUGAUUGCUGUGGUGAACAUUCACAAUGGAAGACCAUGGAAGCAACAAGUUGAAUGGAAUCUGGCAGAUUGUUAGGCUAAAGGAAAUACUCCAGAAGUGGCAAUCUAAUACACUUGGCUCAAAGGUAGAAGGCCAAUGUUCUAGUCAAACUCAUGGGGGCAUUUCACGUGCAAUUAGUAAGAGGCUAGCAGAAGUCAAGUGUUGCGAUUCGGAUGAGGAGAGCUGCCAGAGCCCUGAACCACCGCCUGAUGUCCCCAAAGGAUAUUUGGCGGUUUAUGUUGGGCCGGAGCUUCGGAGAUUUAUCAUUCCCACCAGCUAUCUGAGCCACUCUUUAUUCAAGGUAUUGCUGGAAAAGGCUGAAGAGGAGUUUGGGUUUGAUCACAGUGGCGGGCUGACAAUCCCAUGCGAGAUUGAGACCUUUAAGUUUCUUCUGAAGUGCAUGGAGAACCAUCAGAAGGAUCACCAUCAUGUCUCAGCUGAAGAUUCAUUAGACACUGAAGAGUAAGUAACGGGUCAUAGUGUUCGAGAUUUUAGGGCUGAUUUUCAUAUGUAAAGCAAGGCCUCCUUUGUAUGCAGAUAUGUUCUCAAUUUUCAACAACAAAGAUAGAAUACUCUAGUUAGAAAAUUUUCAAAUGUGUUUGUGGAAUUUGGUGCUGGGUUAUGUAAUAUUUGACAUUGAACUU